AAUCAACAGCCGCCAUCUUGACGCGGCUCAGAAUCGGGAUUUCGGGGGAAGCAUUAAUUUUAAAAACCGAUCGGAGCUACUCAGUCCGGGCUCAAACGGGUUUUUUCGUGCAGAAAAUCGAAGUGUUUGUCCUUCCGAUGAGAAUUAAUGCAAACAUGUGAGGAUUACAUGGGUUUUUAUCGUCUCGAAAGCCCACUGUAUAUUUGAUUUCCCUUUUGGAGAGCGCCGUUUCUCGCCGUUUCUACGUCCCGAGACGCUGUAUUUACCGGGAGACAGCGACGACAAAAAUAAUCCACCUCAUAGAAAAUAUUUUUUGAAUUUUGCUCUUUUUAUUUAAGCCUAAAAUUGAUUUUAUGGCUGCUCGUUUCGACUGCGAAAAAGAUGAUUCUGUACAGACGUGAAACCGGCGAUCUGCGGAGAAAGGGAUUUGCUUACGCCUUGUGUAAUAUUUUAUGAUUGAUUUUUAUUUAUUUUUCUCGAACUGAAAUAAUUUUUGGACGUUAUUAUUGAGGAUAAUUAUGUGGGUGUUGGGUGUUGGAUUAUCAUGGGGUGAUCUUCGGCGGCGAAGCGUGGCGCUGUUGCCUUUCUUUUGAAACCUUUUUUCUCCAGGCAGCUAUUCGCCAGUCUGCCAGUCAAGAAAAAAAACCCAGUUAAAUUUCUCCUUUACGCGCAACGUUAGGAAAAGUUACCAAUUUUUACGAGCCCGAAACUGACAAGUUGGACUGAUCCUGUUAUUAUUUUUCCUGCAUCAUAAGCCAUUCAUAAAAUUUGCCGACCAGGAUGGCUGACAAUCUGCUGGAUGUCGGACCCCCCACUGCAAAGCGACCCAAGCUUAAUUCACCUCUCUCAGUAUCAGAUGGCCCAGAUCUUGUGUCUCUGUUUGACCUGGAAAACGACCUUCCAGAUGAGCUCAUCCCCAAUGGAGACUUGGGAAUGGGAAUGUCCUCCAACGGCGGUCCAGGUGGAGGAGGUCCGGGUCUCAACUCCAUUGUUCCUGAUGCAGCUGCCAAACACAAGCAGCUGUCUGAGCUCCUGCGACCAGGAAGCUCCUCCAUCUUGGGAGGUGGUCUCAACUCUGCCAGCCCCCAACAGGGAGGCAUGGUGGGAAGCCAGCUAGGUGCUGUGCUUGGUAAAGGUCCACUGGGGCAGGGCUCUCCAAAUCACCAGUCUCCCCAAGCCCAGAAAGGAGGUGCAGCUGUUGGACAAGGCAAUGGAAGCACGGGCAUGGGCUUCAACCAGGCCAUGUUGAACAGCGGGCAGGGACAUGGGGUCAUGGGCCCGACAGGACAAGUAAUGAAUGGGGCUCUGGGACCGGCAGGCCGCGGUAGACCUGGCAUGCAAUAUCAGGGCCAAGGCAUGCAGGGGCCACAAGUGGGUGCUGGACCUGGUGUUGGAGGCAGUGUGCUGGCAGAGACACUCACCCAAGGAGGGUCACAGUUGGGUGCACACAACGCAUUGAAUGCUCAGCAAGCUGGAAACAUGAAUAAGAUGGGGAUGUCAGGAGCUCCGUUUGGCCAGCAAUAUGGUCAGGCUGGGGUGCAGCAGAUGGGGGCAGCAGGGGUCAACGCCCAACAACUCCAGAACAAGACAGGCCUUUCCAACAACUUGCCCCAAUUCCCUGCUGAGUUGAAGGGAGCUGGGAGUUUGCCAAACAUGUCCCAGAUGCAUCAGCAGGUAGUGUCGGUGGGCAUGGUCCCUGGGGCUGGUGGUGUGUCAACGGGCCCAACAGCCGACCCAGAGAAGCGCAAACUCAUUCAGCAGCAGCUGGUCCUGUUGCUCCACGCACAUAAGUGCCAGCGGCGGGAGCAGGCCAACGGGGAGGUGAGGGCCUGCACUCUGCCUCAUUGCCGCACCAUGAAGAACGUCCUCAACCACAUGACCCACUGCCAGGCUGGCAAGUCCUGCCAGGUGGCUCACUGUGCAUCAUCCAGACAGAUCAUAUCCCACUGGAAGAACUGUACGCGGCACGACUGUCCGGUCUGCCUGCCUUUAAAGAACGCUAGUGACAAGAGAAACCAGCAACCAAUGCUAAAUUCUCCAGGGACUAGCCUACAGAAUGCCAUCAGCACAGUGGGGCCCGGCCAGCCCAGUGCCACAGCCAUCAACAGCGCUGCCACACACAUUGACCCCAGCUCCAUGCAGCGGGCCUAUGCUGCCCUUGGCCUGCCGUAUGGGAACCAGUCCCCUUCCCAGGGACAGGGACCCACUCAGCAGAACGUCCCGGGUUCCCAGCACCAACAGCUGCGAAAUCUGAACCCACUAGGCACUAAUCAGAUGAACCAGAUGGCAGGAGGCAUGGGUGUCCCCUCUUCAGACCAGGCUGGCAUGCACUCCGACUCCUCUCUACCAUCCUCACUCAACAAUCAGCUGAUGCCAGACGGGUCAGUAGUGGGAGGCAUGGGAAACCUGCCCACUGCCACCCCUCUCUCUUCUUCGGGGAUAAGGAAGUCCUGGCAUGAACACGUCACUCAGGACCUGCGCACCCACCUGGUGCACAAACUUGUACAAGCCAUAUUCCCCACCCCAGACCCCGCAGCACUGAAGGACCGGCGAAUGGAGAACCUGGUGGCGUACGCACGCAAAGUUGAAGGUGACAUGUACGAGUCGGCUAACAGCAGGGAUGAGUAUUACCACUUCCUGGCAGAGAAAAUCUACAAAAUCCAGAAAGAGUUGGAGGAGAAGAGGCGCUCGCGACUCCAGAAACAGCCCGGCAUGGUGGGAACAGCUGGGCCUCAGCAACCUGGGAUGGCUCAGCCCAACACCAUGGGCCCAGGACAGGCCGUCCGAUCUCCUAAUGGACCUGUGCCUAUGCCCAACAUGCCAAAUCAGUUAAUGAACCGUAUGCAGGUGCCCCAAGGAAUCAAUCAGUUUAACCCAAUGGCAAUGCAGAAUGCGCAGAUGUCUCAGGCACCCAUGGGAGCACGUGCUCCCUCUCCCAUGAACCAUCCACAGCAGAUGAACAUGAGCUCUGUCCCAGCGAUGGGUAUGUCCCCGUCAAGGAUGCCUCAGACUCAAGGAAUGAUGGGUAGUCAUGCUAACAACAUGGUCGCUCAGCCAGCCAACCAGGGCCAGUUCCUGUCACAGGGCCAGUUCACUGCCACUGCAGGUGGAGCAAUGAAUGUGAAUGUAAGCUUGGGCCAGCCCAUAACGCAGGCUGCUGUCACACAGCAGCCACAGAACUCUAACCUCCCUCUGAAUGCCCUGGGAUCCCUUGGCUCGCCCUGUGGCCCUGCAGCCCCGCCCACCCUGGGCCCCACCCCUCCACCCAAUGCCUCAGCCAGCCUGCAGCCUCAUCAGAAGCAGCUUCAGCAGCACCACGCUUCUGCACAGGCCCAGGUCCCACUGCAGCCCUCUACCCCCGGCUCCACGGGUGGGCCCUCUUCCACCCCAACUCACAUACCCAGUAGCCUCCAUGGCCCCCCCUCAGCCAAGGGCACACCUGACCCCUCCCAGCCGCUUACGCCCCUGCAGCCUCAGACUGAUCCCCCCAGCCAGAAGCAGCAGCCCACCUCAGUGCAGGCACAGCACCCUAGCACACCGUUGUCCCAGGCAGCAGCGAGUAUAGAUAACAGGGUGCCCACCCCAGCCUCUGUGGCUGAGCUGAGCUCCCAGAAGGCCCUGCCGGACAUGAGCAGCACUGAAGCCAAACCUGAAGUAAAAGAGGAGGAAGAGGACAGCAACUCUGGAAAGAAGCAGCCAGAUGUAAAAAUGGAGCAGGACGAUGAUACCAAACCCUCGCUGGUGAAGAAGGAGGAGCCAGAUGCAGCUGAGCCAAAGCAGGAACCAAUGGAAACUGAGGAAAAGAAGCCGGAGAUAAAGACGGAACCCAAAGAAGAGGAGGAAAGUGGGGCCAACGGCACAUCAACCGCCUCCAGCACUCAGAACCGCAAGAAAAUUUUCAAGCCGGAGGAGCUGAGACAAGCCCUAAUGCCAACACUUGAGGCCCUCUACAGGCAAGACCCAGAGUCACUGCCCUUCAGACAACCUGUAGACCCCAUGCUACUGGGCAUCCCUGACUACUAUGACAUUGUGAAGACUCCCAUUGACUUAUCCACCAUCAAGCGCAAGUUGGAUACGGGUCAGUUCCAGGAACCGUGGCAGUAUGUGGACGACGUGUGGCUCAUGUUCAGCAAUGCCUGGUUGUACAACCGCAAGACCUCCCGUGUCUACAAAUACUGCACUAAACUGGCAGAAGUGUUCGAAGCGGAGAUCGAUCCCGUCAUGCAGGGCCUGGGCUACUGCUGCGGCAGGAAGUACGAGUUCUCACCCCAAACGCUGUGUUGCUAUGGCAAACAGUUGUGUACCAUUUCCCGGGACGGCACCUACUUCAGCUACCAGAACAGGUAUCACUUCUGUGAGAAGUGCUUCAACGAGAUCCAGGGCAACAGUGUGACCCUGGGGGACGACCCCGCACAGCCACAGACCAUGAUAUCAAAAGAGCAGUUUGAAAAGAAGAAAAAUGACAUGUUGGACCCUGAACCGUUUGUCGAAUGUAAAGACUGUGGACGAAAGAUGCAUCAGAUCUGCGUGCUGCACUACGAUGUCAUUUGGCCAUCAGGCUUUAUCUGUGACAACUGUCUGAAGAAGUCUGGCAAAACAAGAAAGGAGAACAAGUUUUCAGCCAGAAGUCUUUGCAAAGGGUUGCAGUCGACCCGGUUGGGGACGUACAUCGAGGACAGAGUGAAUAAGUACUUGAAAAGGCAGAACCACCCAGAAGCUGGUGAGGUGUUUGUGCGAGUGGUGGCCAGCUCUGACAAAAAUGUGGAGAUUAAGCCUGGAAUGAAGUCUAGGUUUGUGGACUCAGGCGAGAUGGUGGAGACCUUCCCUUACAGAACCAAAGCACUUUUUGCAUUUGAGGAGAUAGACGGAGUGGACGUUUGUUUCUUUGGCAUGCAUGUCCAGGAGUACGGCUCAGAGUGCCCCUUUCCAAAUACCAGACGGGUUUACAUAUCAUACCUGGACAGUAUUCACUUCUUCAGACCACGUGCGCUCAGGACUGCAGUGUACCAUGAGAUCUUGAUAGGCUACCUGGAGUAUGUGAAGAAACUGGGGUAUGUGAUGGGUCACAUCUGGGCCUGCCCACCCAGUGAAGGAGAUGACUACAUUUUUCACUGCCACCCUGCUGACCAGAAGAUCCCAAAGCCUAAGAGGCUCCAAGAGUGGUACAGGAAGAUGCUGGACAAGGCUUUCGCUGAGAGGAUCCUACACGAUUACAAGGACAUCUUCAAACAGGCAACAGAUGACCGGCUGACCACUGCCAAUGAACUGCCCUACUUUGAGGGUGACUUUUGGCCUAAUGUAUUGGAGGAGAGCAUCAAGGAGCUGGAGCAGGAGGAGGAAGAGAGGAAGAAGGAGGAGAACACGGCCUCCACGGAGACGACAGAGGGAGUCCCAGCUGACAGCAAGAAUGCCAAAAAGAAGAACAACAAAAAAACCAACAAAAACAAGAGCAGCGUCAGCCGAGCCAAUAAGAAAAAGCCUGGGAUGCCGAAUGUAGCCAAUGACCUGUCUCAGAAACUCUACGCCACGAUGGAGAAACACAAGGAGGUGUUUUUUGUUAUCCACCUCCAUGCCGGGCCAGUCAUUAACACCCUGCCACCCAUUAUGGACCCUGACCCACUGUUGACCUGUGACCUGAUGGAUGGCCGUGAUGCCUUUCUGACUUUAGCCAGGGACAAGCACUGGGAGUUCAGCUCACUGAGACGGUGCAAAUGGAGCACGAUGUGUAUGUUGGUGGAGCUACACAACCAAGGCCAGGACCGCUUUGUGUACACCUGCAAUGAGUGCAAGCACCACGUAGAGACUCGCUGGCACUGCACCGUCUGUGAGGACUAUGACCUAUGCAUCAACUGCUACAACGCUAAGGGCCACGAGCACCAGAUGGUGAAGUGGGGUCUAGGUCUAGACGAUGACAGCAACGGUCCGGGUGGAGAAGCCUCCAAGAGCCCCCAGGAGAGCCGUCGUCUCAGCAUCCAGCGCUGCAUCCAGUCCCUGGUCCAUGCCUGCCAGUGCCGCAAUGCUAACUGCUCGCUUCCUUCAUGCCAGAAGAUGAAGAGGGUGGUUCAACACACCAAAGGCUGCAAGCGCAAGACCAAUGGUGGCUGCCCUGUGUGCAAGCAGCUCAUUGCUUUAUGUUGUUAUCACGCCAAGCACUGUCAGGAGAACAAGUGUCCUGUUCCCUUCUGUCUUAACAUCAAGCACAAACUCCGUCAGCAGCAGCUGCAGCACAGGCUCCAGCAGGCUCAAAUGAUGCGCCGCAGAAUGGCCACCAUGGCUGGAAGGGGUAUGCCCAUGCCAUCUCCACCUACCUCAGCUGCCCCCGACACCCCCAACUCUGUGCAGCAGCCUAACACACCCCAAACGCCCCAGCCCAUGCCCAACCAGCCCCAACAACAACAGCAACCACCAAACCCUGCCAAUAUUGCCCAGAGCUUCCCCAACAACGGCCGCAGCAGCCAGCCCCCAACACCAGUGCCGCAGGGCAAACCAGGGCCUCAGUCAUCCCCUCUCCAUCAGCAGCAGUCACCUCUGCCUAACAUGCCACCCCAACAACAGCCUCAGCCACCACAACAGCAGCAGCAGUUGCAACUGCAACAACAACAACAGCAGCAGCAGCAACAGCAGCAGCAACAGCAGCAUCAACAGCAGCCACUGCUGGCAGCCCUAAAGGUGGCCAGACAGAUCGAGAUGGUAGCCAAAGCGAAGCAGCAGCAGCAGCAGCAGCAGCAGCAGCAGCAUCAGCAACAGCAGCAGCAGAAUUAUCCUAUGAAUGGGAUGCCCAUGAACCACCCACGAAUGAUGGGGCCCAUGCAGGGUCAAAUGCAGAUGAUGCAAGGGCCACGGGGCCCUCAGGUCAUGCAGGCCAUGCAGCAAGGCCAGUGGCCAGGAAUGCAGAAUCCCAUGCAGAAUCCCCAGGUUCAUCAGCCGCAGGUCCCUCCUCAACAGGUAUCCAUGGUCCCUCAGCAGGCUCAGGGAACCCCCAUGCCCCAGCAGGGCCAGCUCAUGCAGAGGCCCAUGAUGCCCCAGCAACAGGGUCUCCAAAUGCCUGGGGUCAUGCCUCCACAGGGGCCGUCACAGCAGGGCAUGACGCCACAGCAGCUAAACAUGCCACGGGGAAUACCUGGUAACAUUGCUCCGAGUGCCCUGCAGGAGUUACUGCGCACCCUCAAAUCUCCCAGCUCCCCACAGCAGCAACAGCAGGUCCUUAACAUCCUCAAGUCUAACCCCCACCUCAUGGCCGCUUUCAUUAAACAGAGGACAGCCAAGUACCAGGCCACCCAGCCGCAGCAACAGCAGCAGCAGGUACAGCAGCAGGUACAGCAGCAGGUACAGCAGCAGCAGCAGCAGCAGCAGCAGCAGCAGCAGCAGCAGGCUCAGGCCAUGCUUGGGUCCCAGGCAGGAAUGCAGGCCAUGGCAGCCAUGGCAAACCAGGUGCAGAGGCCAGUGAUGGCACCUCAGCAGCAGCCUCCUCAGCAGGUAGGACCCCAGGGUAUGGCAACCAUGGGCCCCCAAGGCCAGAUGAUGAACGCUGCUCAAAACGGCAAUCCCCAAAUGUACCGCAGACAGCAGCUGCUUAGGAUGCAGCAAAUGCAGCAGCAGCAAGCGCAGCAGCAAGCGCAGCAGCAGGCGCAGCAGCAGGGAGGCAUGCCUCAGGGCCACGGACAGUUCCCCCAGCAGCAGCCGGGGCCAGCAAGCUACUCCCAGCUCCGUAUGCAGCAGCAAAUGGCUAUGCAAGGAGGUGGGGGCCCCAUGGGACAGCUCCCUCCCACGUCUCAAAUGGGUCAACCUGGCAUGGGCAUGGAUGGUCCGCAGAACAUCCUGCAGCAGCGUAUGCUUCAGCAGCAACAGCAGAUGUUAAAGCAGCAGAUGGGCUCUCCCGCACAGGCUAACUCGAUGAGUCCACAACCUCACAUGCUCCAAGUUCAAGCCCAGGGAGGAGCUCACUUACCUGGCCAGACAAUGGCAAACACCCUGGGAAACCAAGUACGCUCCCCAGCCCCAGUGCAAUCGCCCCGUCCGCCUUCGCAGCAGACCCCGCAUUCCAGUCCCUCCCAACGGAUACAGCCCCAGCCCUCACCUCAGCACGGCGCCCUCCACUCCAGCUCUCCGCACCCCAGCCUUGGAGGCCCAAUGUCGGGCUCCAUGGAGCAGGGACACAUGGGAACACCUGAGCAGAGUGCCAUGCUCCCGCAACUUAACACACCAAACAGAGGGGGGUUGAGUAAUGACAUGGGUAUGGUUGGUGACACGACGGGAGACACGCUGGAGAAAUUUGUUGAAGGAUUGUAGCAUUUUGGGACAGAAGAAAGGCCUUGUUCUGUUUUCAGCGGAGACAUUUUUGUACUUGCUGAUGUAAAAAGCUAAAAGAAAUACAAACAAAUGAGUCAUACGAGGCCUACAGACUGUGAACUUUCCUUAAACCAAGGGACUGCUUUUUCUUCCAACACAGAGAGUGAUUUAAAAGAAGACAACAAAGAAUAUAUUUUUGGUUCAGACUAGCCAUGCAAGAAUUUGCGCUGGUCUUUGUGUUGUUUUAAGUUGUUUUUCAUUUGUUAUGCUCUGGUAUUGACUUUUUUAACAAAACUUCUCAAAACAAAAAAUAUUUCAUUUUAUUAUUCAAUUUUUUUUAUUUUGUACCUUUGCAAAUUAAUAUCGUAUUUGUGUUGAGAAGACUGUAAAAUUAUUUGUCUGGGAAGUUUUUUGCCAGGUUUCACCUCUUGCUCAGUUCCUCUGUUCCUUCCUGGCUAAUUUAUUAUAAUAUGCCAUUUUUCAAAAAGGACUGCCUUUGGGAAAGCCUUAAUUUCUUUCCUGUUUGCAGAGUCUAUGGGAGAUAAACGUAUUUGUAUAGAUCUAGGAACUAUUGCACACACCCAAACACAAAAGGCAGGUGUAAGACAAAUCUGCAUUGAAGCUUGUUAAUGUUCACAGGUGCCGGAAUGUUCUUUUUACUGGCCUGGGCCCAGUAUUUGUCUUGCAAAUGUUUAAAAAAAAAUGCUUUGUCUCUCCCUCAGUCAAAAGAAAUUCUCAUUUGAACCUCUUUUGCCUGUUGUGGGAAAUAACUUGUUUGACUGCUGAUUUGUGUUCAGAGAGAGUUUUGUGCAUCAUUUUCUCUCUUGCAUUAAACUUGAAUUGAUGAUGAACUGUUCUCUAAUGUAAAUCAUGCAGCUAGACAGUACUGUAAAUAUGCAGAAAAUAAGAAUGAAAUCACUGUACAAACUGGUUCAAAUGGCUCAUUUCGUACUUAUAUACCAUAUUGUUAAAUAAACCUGUGUGCCACAGA